AUGUCUACUCUCCAGUGGAUCGCGGAAGAUCCCACAAGCAAACAACGCCAUCAUGAAAAGAGAUUGAGAACCCAGCUGGACGUUGAGAAUCGAAAGGAAGACAUUCAGAAGCUCAAAGAAUUUGGCGGAGCGUGCUUGUGGUGCCACCGAAGCAAGAAAAAAUGCGACCCUGCCCCAAAUUGCCAGCCCUGUCGCGCCAAUAAGCGCAAGUGCGUUCGGAGUUCUUCACAGCUGUGCUUGAUAGGUCAUUUCAACCCCGCCCAUGAGAACUCGCUUAUGUCUUUCGGUCCUCCCUCCCAAGAGGCGCUGAACAUCAUGUAUCUGAUGGCUGGCCAGGCUUUCUCAAAUAUGCCUUUUGUGAAAGCCCAUCUCAACAUUCAACAUGAAAACAGAUUGCCAUGUCUAGCAGUCACCAAAGAUGACAUGGACCCAUUCAAAUCCGAAACAAGACGCCUCAUGAACGACUUCAUUUUUCGAGCGACUACUCGCAUAACUUCUCCCGAGCUGGACAGGCUUACUGGAGUUUAUUCAACUCACCCACUGGUUGUGACGGCAAUCAAAAUGACCAAGUCAUUCAUCACUAUUCGGAACCUGGCUACUACCCGGGUUCAUCUCUGCACAUCUGACACUAAACUGGCUCAAUCAACUCUGUUCUUGUUACUGAUUGGUGGUAUACAAAAUCUUGCCGCCUGUUCUAAUAGCUUCACACUUGUAUUAUGUGAAGCACUACGCCGAAGAAACUACGAGCGUACUAACCCCGCCACAAAGGACCAGCCUCCAAGCUCUUGUAGCCCAAGUCCAGUACCUUUAGCGACAGAACUGUACUUCCAAACUGUGGGAGGUUUACUCGAAUUGACCAAAAGCCCGAUCGUCGCACUAAUCUUCAAAAAUGUGGAGCGGCACCUCCAAGAAGUGCAUGCCACUCUAAAGAGUAUACUCGCAUCAAUCAACGCUAAUCAUCCAAAAAGUGCCAAACAUACAGUCAAACGCAUCCCGGGUGAACUAAUUGCUGCCAUUUCGUCCAUCAGAUACUUUGAACUAAAUUUCUGGGUGGAAUGGGUAGACACCAAUGGAAAUAUUCGGUCAACAACAGCGGUUGAACAGGGUUAUGUCCCUGAACUAACAUCUUAUGAAGUUGAGGCGCUUCUUCAAACUGGAAUUGACAAUCUAGGGUCUCUUGAGAAGUCCACAAAUAAAGACCAGAUAGGUCCUGUGUUGGCCAACGUGCCUGCUCAGUCUAUCUCUACGGAGACUGAGACUGACCAUGCCUCUAAUACCGUGGGAUUUGAUAGUCCUUCUGCUGAAUCUGGCAUUUUUGAUGAUAUUCUUAACUCGACUCCGUGGGAUUGGGUUGCUGCGGAUGAUGAACUCUACUUUGGUUUUAUGGAUCAAUAG